AAUUUUCGAAAAUGUCCUCACCGAAAAUAACAACCGAUCCUUCUUUGAAAAUUUUCCCCACCCUCCGGCAGCAGCUGAUGUCUCCUCCCUUCGCCAGUUCUCCCUUUUUCGAUGUCGUCGUCAAUUGAGCCCAAGACCCUAAGGCUGGCUCUCUAAACCCCCAAAAUAAUUUCAGCCUACAGCCAUAAAAUUUUUGUAAGCCUUAACCUUAAUUAAGCCCUCCCAAAAAAAUUAAAACAGGGCUGGCCCUAAAAGCCCCAAAUCUGAUCUCCUCCUCCCUGACCCUGAGAUGCUGAAAGUCUGAAACGGGGAAACCUGCGCGGUGCUCCUCCUCCUCCUCUGCAUUCUACUUUUGCAUUCUGCUCCUCCUACUACGGUGGACGACGCGGUGGCUCCUCCUCCUCCCUGACGCGGUGCUCCUCCUUCUUGAUGCGGUGGACGAAAUCAGUGGCUGCUCCUCCUCCCUGACGCGGAAUCAGAGUUUUCGGAUGCAGUCUUAUGAAUUGGGCUGCUUGCUGAAAUGAAAGGAAAGGGGACUAGUGACACUGUUAGUGUAGUUGAUGGUGAUGGAAACCAGUGUUGCUGGUGGUGGUGGCUGGUUCACAAGGGAACAACAACUACAUUCCUUAUUGUUGGAUUGUUUGCACUUUUGGUUCGCGCCGCAGUGUCCCUCCACCCUUACUCCGGUUUUGCUAACCCUCCGAAAUUUGGGGACUAUGAGGCACAGAGGCAUUGGAUGGAGAUCACCAUCAAUCUCCCAAUUCAAGAAUGGUAUAGAAACAGCACCAGCAAUGAUUUGAGCUACUGGGGCCUUGAUUAUCCACCACUCACCGCUUACCAGAGUUUCAUUCAUGGCCUUUUUCUGAGAUUUGUGCACCCUGAAUCUGUUUCCCUUUUCACCUCCAGAGGUCAUGAGUCUUAUCUCGGAAAACUACUAAUGAGGUGGACAGUGUUAUCAUCUGAUUUGUUGAUACUCUUUCCAGCUGUUCUGUACUUUGUUAUUGUUCGCUAUGGUCAACCUUCAAGGAGUCGUAAAAGUGACAUAGGAUGGCACAUUGCCAUGCUUUUGUUAAACCCCUGUUUGAUCUUAAUUGACCACGGUCACUUUCAGUACAACUGCAUCAGCUUGGGCUUUACCAUUGGAGCUGUUGCUGGUGUCCUCUCUGGGAAGGAUCUUGUAGCAUGUGUUUUGUAUUGUCUAGCUCUAAAUCAUAAGCAGGUUUUAAUCUCUGAUCUUAGCAUGGGUCUAUUUGUCAUUAAUUUCUUUUACUACUUUCAGCUAUUAUACAUAGUCUAUACCAUGUAUGGUCAAUGGUCAUAUAGGAUUGCUCAACCCUGUCCAGGUGGAAUUGUCACUAAAAAAUUGGGUGUGUGUUUAUAGUUUGUGUGCAUGGUGAAUGGUCAUACAUAUAUGUCUCUUAAUUAUAUGUUAAUGUGUGCAUGGUGAAUUGUAUCUUGAUAUAUCUUUAGGCUGUAUUAUUGCUUUGCGUCAAAUAAAUCCUAUUAACAUUUUACUUGACCAAUCUUGAUACUG